GGACAUCGCCGACAGAGACCGGCGGAGAGUUACCCUUUAAACACGGUCUUAUGACUGCAGGCUGCCUCAGUGAAGACGGUAGAGGACACGUAACCCCCUGCAGAGGCUGAAUGGUUGGUGCCAGUCUGACAGAGCUUGUGGAGUUUACCGGACACUACCAUCUCACCUGUCUGCAGAUCACCGGUUGCAUCUGAGAACACUUCUCCUCCUGCAGCUGUGAGGAAAUGUGUCGCCUGCCUUUAGCUUCACUCUUCAUUGGCUUCUGGUUGGUGGAGGGAAGCCAGUGCAGUGGCAGCCUUCAGGAAAACAUGGAAGCGCUGCACACCAGGUUCGCUGUCAGCCUCUACCAGACCCUCACCGAGACGGAGAACAACUCCAACCUCAUCGUGUCUCCCGUGAGCGUCUCCUUGUCUCUGGGUCUGCUACAGUUCGGUGCCAGGGGAAACACGCUCGCACAGCUGGAGCAAACACUGGGAUACAAUGUUAAUGAUGCCCAGAUACAAGACUUCCUGUUGCGUUCGCAUGGCGACAUGAGCAACAGCAGCCAGGGGAUGUGGCUGCAGCAGAGCUGCACGUUGUUCGUCCAGAGUGGCGUUCGUCUCCUCGAUGAGUUCACACACCACGCUGCUGCUUGGGUGAACACCACUGUGGUCCGAGCCAACGUCACUCAGCCCAGCCACGCUGGCAGCCAACAUUCGGGGCACAACCAUGAUGAGACAUGGCCCCUGCAGUCAGGAAGCAGCAGCGGGGAGCUGUCGGGCUCCGGUGAGGCCCAAGCCGAGGCUCUGUGGUGGGGCCACUGGCUGCAGAUGGCCCUGGUCAACACAGUGGCCUUCAGAGGCAUCUGGCAGAAACACUUCGUCUUCACCAACACCCAGAACCUGCCCUUCACUCUCUCUGAUGGCAGCACCAUCAAAGUGCCAAUGAUGUAUCAAGCUACAGAGGUCAGAUUUGGUCAGUUCAGGACAUUAUCAGACCAGCGUUACACCGUGUUGGAGCUCUCUUACCUGGGCCGCUCUCUGAGCCUGCAGGUGGUCCUUCCCAGCGAGAGGAAGACACCGCUGUCCACUAUUGACUCCCAGCUUAACGCCCGCCAGCUGGCGUCCUGGGACACCGGCCUGCGGCGAACCAAGAUGGACGUUUUCCUGCCCAGGUUCAGAAUGCAGAACAAGUUCAACCUGAGGUCAGUGCUUCCUGCCAUGGGCAUCAGUGAUGCCUUUAAUCCCACAGCUGCUGACUUCAGUGGAAUAUCAGUGGAGGAGGGUCUUUACGUGUCUGAUGCUUUCCAUGAAGUGAGAAUAGAAGUCACAGAAGAUGGCACAAAGGCAGCCGCUGCCACAGCUAUGGUGCUACUCAAACGAUCCCGUGCUCCAGUUUUUAAGGCAGACCGGCCGUUCUUAUUCCUGCUGCGACAGAUCAACACAGGAUCCGUCUUAUUCAUGGGCCGAGUGAUGAACCCUGCUGACCAAGCACCUUAACUUCUGAGACACACACACGCACACACAC